UCCACUUCCGGGUCAGGGAGGUGUGUCUAAGAGAAAGGAGGAAGCAAAUUCCGCCGGUAUUCCCACGCCUGCCACAGUUCUUUAGUGCGGCCCUUCCUUUUUCCGGAGGGUCUCUUCACCCCGGAGUCUCCCCUUUAUGAAAUCACUUAAUCUCUGGCUUUACUAUUCCCACAUCCUUUCCCUGAUUAGUCCUGUGCGUUUAAAGACAGAAAAUUACUACAAAAGAAGAGAGAAGUAAAACUCAUUCCCGGGGGGGCGUCCUGGAGAAGGGUAAUUUCCUGCCUUUUUAGAUCGGCUACCUAAAACCGCUGUUUUGCUCCCAUCUCCAGAGCUUCAAUUGCUCUUUCACUUCCCAAUUCCGCAAGAGCUCUAGGCGACAAAGAGUUAUGGAGAAGCGCCUGCAGGAGGCUCAGCUUUACAAGGAGAAAGGGAACCAACGUUACCGAGAAGGAAAGUACCGGGAUGCUGUAAGUAGGUACCACCGUGCUCUGCUUCAGCUGCGGGGUCUGGAUCCAAGUCUGCCCUCCCCGAUACCUAAUCUAGGACCUCAGGGCCCGGUCCUCACACCUGAACAAGAGAACAUACUGCACACCACCCAGACAGACUGCUACAACAAUCUAGCUGCCUGUCUCCUUCAGAUGGAGCCAGUAAACUACGAACGAGUGAAAGAAUACAGUCAGAAAGUCCUGGAACGACAGCCCGAUAAUGCCAAGGCCUUGUACCGCGCUGGCGUGGCCUUUUAUCAUCUGCAAGACUACGACCAGGCUCAGCACUACCUCCUGGCUGCUGUCAAUAGGCAGCCAAAAGACGCCAACGUCCGGCGGUACCUCCAGCUCACUCAGUCAGAGCUCAGCAGCUACCAUCAGAGAGAGAAGCAGCUGUACCUGGGCAUGUUUGGGUAACAGAGAAGAAAGACGCUCCUCUACUUGAACUUAGCUGAACCAUUAAAGACCCACCGAGGGGACACUUGAGCCUCAGCAAGAGAAGCUAACCCCAUACCUCUGACCCGAGUGGAUAUGUUUUCUGUCUAGCUCUGCACAAACUCUUUGGCACUCAUGCAGGCUGGGGCCUUUUUUUUUUCCUCUCCAUCUACGUAUUUGUAUAGCUUUCCAUAUGUGAUACUUUUGGGGAUAUUUGCCUUGAGAAAUACAAUCAUAUAUAGGUGGGAUUAAGCCUAUCUACAGCAUCGAUUUUAAUGAUAGACGUUGUUAGAUGUAUCCAUAUACAGAGGAGAAAGCUCGUUGAGGAUGAAAUCAUGAUAGCAGAGAGUUUUUUUUCUUUGUUUCCUCAGAUGCCCAAAGCCAAAGUUACACAGGCCACAACCCAGGAAAUAUAUUUUUGUGUGUGUGAAAAUAGACAAUUACAAGUUGGACCCACGUGACUUAAGCAAUUUGAAAUCAAUCGUAUUGAUUAAAUCAAGUCAUUACUAUUAAUAUUCCAUUGCAUUCCGAUCCUCCCCCAACAAAAGAAUCUGUGGGGUUUUUUCCUCUGGUGAUAAUUUUAGUCCCUGCUACUGUUCAUUCUCAGAUCAUUCAUACAAUAUACUUAUUUAUUUUUUUCAUUAAACUUUUCUAUCUUAGAACCUCGAGUCAAGCAUCUAAGUAUCUAAGAAUUCUUCAGCCCUUGUGCCAAAAAAAACCCCUAAGUAAACAUUUUCAUUUUUAAUAGGUGCAUAUCUAGAGUAUGUGCAUUUCUCUAAAAAAAAAAUGGGAAAAACAGACUGCUUUGUCUUGAAACAAUACCAUGAGAGAACAGGAUAAAAACAUCAGUCUGUUCUUUACCUGUGACCUUGUAUUAUGCAAAAGCUCAGUUCCUUACACAGGAGGGAAAUGAGGAAGAGUUCUUCCCUACUGCUUAAGCCCCCCAUGAAACUUUCUCAAAGUUUUGUCCAUGCAGGCUGUGGAUCUGGUGCAGUCAUGUCUCAGUAGGAGGCUCCACCAACCAUUCUGUGCACUUGUGAAUAAUGUCCACAAUGUAUAUGGGCUCUGCAUUAAUGAGUAGAGGUAGUAACCGUGUGUCCGAAGCCAUCACAUAAGGACAGAUUUGAGAAAGAACAACAACAAAAAGAACUCAAGUCCUCAGUCUUGCCAAAUGUGUGUGAGUCCUCAUUUAUCAGAAAUGCCCCCUCUCCCAGUGAGCCAGUCUCCCCUCUGCGUCUCCCAUGCCCUUCAAUAAUACAACUUACAACAAAAAGCUUUUCAACCAAAUAAUCUUGUAAGUCCAAGGACAGAACUAACAGAAAUAGAUUAUUUCACUUCUUUCCCAAGCUGUUUACAUUUCUAAGCCUAAGUCGUUGACAGAAUUAUCUCAUGGUUGCAUGUUUGCUUUGGGCAAGUUGCUUUCUGAUUUUCUUCUUUUUCAAAGACUUGAUGUUACACUAAGCUAUCUUCUGCAUCGAUGAGGAAAAAAUAAAACCGAUAUUCAAAAACGCAUUUUA